GCCUGAGGGUCCCCCAUCUCCAGUAAGCUACAUAAAUCGACAGCGCCUCCCCGGCCGCCAUCCAGGUGAUUGACGACGCUCCGCUCCACAAUCUUCACUUCAUCCACGACUUACUCAUUUAUUGACUUACUAUUCGCCUGCUUGACCGGAUAUCCUCGACUUGAUUCCACUUGUGACUUGACUUUCACGAGGACGAGAAGGAGCCGAGACGACACCGGACGAGACCAGGAGAACAGACGAAAGUAAGACGAGACAACGACUGCAAAGAAGAUAACAACAACAACAACCAACAGUCGAAGCAAGGCAGACAAGCCGAGACUACACGAAAGAAAAGCGAAAGCGCGGAUAGCAACAUUGACCAGAGCUUCACGAACUUUAUAUGCUACAGGACUGUUUACUGUCUGGCGAGGUUGUCAGAAAGCCGACAUCUGACCUGCUCCUCCACCUCCUGUCGAACCCCAUUCUACGCGACCCUCAAUCUUCACUCGGCGCGAUUCUCCCCUCGUUUCCCUCCAAGCAAUCACCGUGGACUUCGCAAUCAUCUUCCAUGAUGGAGACACAGAGCUUUACCGCUCGCCGCGGGGCAGCCAGCGGACUUCCAACUUUCUCCCUCCCCCCGCCAGACCAUCUUUCCCAAAUCCAUCGCCUUCCGGCGUAUGCCCCAUCGACAUCAACCCAGCCAACUCCAGCGAUUGUCAGCAGCGUUCUGACUCCUCCUGCGGGUCUGGCAAGUGAUCUCAGCCCUCUGGCUUCAAGCGUAAAUAGUGGCAGUUCCCAGAGCUCGGCCGGAGGCGUCCCUCCAUAUCAGCCCAUGGGUUUCUGGCCAACUCCCAAUCAACCCUCUUAUGGCUUCAGCUCAGCUCCUCCGAUGCCCGCAUCUUUUGCCCAAUCUCAACAGCCAUAUAUGGGACGACCGCUGUAUUCUCCAUCCAUGAACUUCCCCAAUCGAAAUACCAAUUCUCCAACUGCAGGCGAGGGGCUUCCCCCGCCUCCAUACGAUAUCAAUGUUCCGUCUUUCCCAGCUCCGAUGUCAAGCGGAGGACACUCUCAACAACAGACCCUUCCAGCCCUUUCCACCAGCCACCAACAUCACCAACAACAGCAAGCCCAGCAAAGCCAGCAAAAUCACCAACAGCUGAAUAACAGCAAUGGUCUGCCAGCGGCUUCGCAACCGCCUCCACAAGGACCUCUCCAUGCCCCAGAUACUUAUGGCGGGAGACCCCCUCCAACACCAACUUACUACACACCAGCCUCAACACCUCAGCAAUCCUCUUUCCCAGCCUAUACCCAACAAUCUCCCACCCAGCAAUCUCCUAAUACAUCCUCCGCACCCUCUAAUCGCAUUUCUCCCGUCUCAGCACAGAGUCACUCAUCGAUGGCCGCACCCCAAGGCUACCCACGGCCUUAUAGCGGGUACAGCUUGCCAGCAAUGGCCGGUCCCAUCAUGUCCAACGUGCACAAUCCCGGAAACCAAAUGGCGCUCGUAGGCGGAAUGAACAUGCAAGGCUACCCACAGCAUCCUCAUCAGAUGUACGGGCAACACCCACAUGGCCAGCCCCCACCGAAUGACCGCCCCUUCAAGUGCGAUCAGUGCCCACAGUCCUUCAACCGCAACCACGACUUGAAGCGACAUAAGCGAAUCCAUUUGGCGGUCAAGCCAUUCCCCUGCGGCCAUUGCGAGAAGAGCUUCUCGCGGAAAGAUGCAUUGAAGAGACAUAUCCUCGUCAAGGGUUGCGGAAAGGGUCCCUCAGCUGGCGCCGCGAAUGCGAAUGGUGACAGUCAGUCACCAGUCGACAAGAGCGAGAUCAUGAGUGAUUCGGCCGAUGAUAGCCCAGAGAUGGGAAAGAAAGAGUUGCAAUGAGAGGUCAUCUCAGCCGGGUCACCGUACACUAAUGGACGCAGAAUUCGCACACUUGUUUAAUGUGGUUUGGGGGGGGGGGGGGGGGGGGGGCGAGAGGUCGGGCAUCGGUGGCGUACAUGACGGGCUGUAAAUUCGCUUGCCAGACAACAACGGAGAUGCUUCGAUAUGCGGCGUUUUUUGUGUGUGGGUGUUUAUGUCUUGAUUGGGGGUAGCGGGAUGAGAACAAGGACGGUUGGGUUGAACGAAUGGAACGAAUCUCGAUGUCCAUUUAUUUUUUUGGUUUCGGGACGGGUUGGGGGUAUAGGAGUUGUGGUUGCUGGGUUUUGCCUUUCUUCCUUCUUCACGGACUGGAAAAAUCGUGGCCGGAAAACAUUGUGUAUUGUUGAGAGCUGGCCGUGUUGGUGUGUUUUGUUUCUUUUUGACGAAUGGAUGGCUGGAUGGAAAUACCUCUUUUUUAUGGCGAGACUCUUGCUUGGCUCAUUCUUAUAUCAUUGCGAUCGAUAUUGCUGCUCGCGCUGCGAAGUCUUCGUCCUAUUCUUCGGGUUGAUGGGAGAGAUAUCCGACGGUCUGGUCUUGCUGAGGAAGGGACAAGAUAGAUCGAUCUUGUUUGUUUGAUGUAUUUGUAUUAAUCUGCGCCCGUCGAUACCUAUUGAUGAAUGAAGAGAUGCUCAAAGAAGAAGACGAUUUGCCACUCGAUGAUUUGAGAAGUUUAGUUGUGAGAACAGGACCAUGGAGAAGUUAGGGAGUGAGGAAGGGAAGAAAAAUAAAGAGGUAGCGAGACGAGAUAGACAUUUAGGGAGAAUGCAACACAAAAGCAGAACAAACGUCCAAAUAACCUUUCUCCACACUCGCCACACCAUCAACUUCGGUACCAGACGAACUCUCAGACUUGACGCCAUCCAGCAUGAAGUCGCAUUGCAUUUCUCCACUGCCAUGCCCAGAAUCCCUGGCUGGUCAAACGAGAGAUCUGCGGCUCUCCACCAAGGACAUUCCCCAAACGCGCUGAAGCGAGAAUGAUGUACGUGCUGGAUACGAGAACGAUGGGGUUCAUUGCUGUGGCUGUGGAUGCAAUGUGUCGAUCGGUACGGUGUAUACUGGUUGAUGAUGAUGCUGCUGUUGCUGGAGUGGUGGAUUAUACAGUAUUGGGUAAAUUCCGACCAGAUCGGCAGUCGCUGAAGAUUUUCAUUCGGAGAUAUUUCGCAGAGUCGGGUGGUUCCCUCCUCAUCUCAUCCCCCGAAGAAAAAGUUGUUCAUCAAUGCCCAAGCACAAUUCCAUAAUUCCCAAAAGGGCUGACCCACCAUCCAAAUAACCUCACAUACAUCCUGUAAGCCACGUCCGAUCGUGGCGUUGGGUGACAGAAGCUUAAAACCGCCCAUUUUCCACGCACACACCCCAUAUCCAUGCCCUGUCCUGCCUCAAAAGCGUCCAUGGAUGAUGGAUGUCUUCUUCCGUCCGUGAUAGCCGUUAAGUUAGGUUUUGAGGCGCCCUCGCCUCGCUACCGAGUUGUCGGGUCCAGAGGUGCUGGGAUUACGGGCUUUGAGUGAGAGUGCGGGAUUUGGGUUGAUGUGAGGUAAGUAAGACAUUUGGCGAUUCGGCGCGGAUUGAUGUCGGAUAUUUAACUGAAAUGAUGUGCGGAUAAGGCGUGGGCGAUUGAUAUGUAUGUAGGUACCCGUGUGGCAUGUGUGGAAAGGCAGGUCGUGGUGUUUGUGUUGUGCAGGAAGCUAGGAUCUACCUAGUUACCCAUCAAGUGGUUAAUGGCUUGCUUCCAUUUGCUGGGCUUCACACUGGGGCAGUCCUAACGUCACGCUCUCGUUGCUGUUCAUUUCGGACUCAUGGGCUU